AUGAUGAUUAAUUACGUCAAUCCACAAAGUACCAAUCAGGCUCAAGAAGCUAGCGAAGCACCUAAACCAGGACAAAACGCCAUUGAAGAAAAAACACAAGAAACAAAUGAUAAUGAUAGCUAUGAUUAUACAGAUGAUAAUGGUAAAAAUAAAGGAGUAUGGUAUAAUGCAAGAACAAAAUGUUGGUUAGCAUGUGUAAAGGGAAGUGGAAGACAUCUUCGUGUAUUUUCAGUAAAAAAACAUGGAUAUAAAAAAGCAAAACGAUUAGCAGUUGAAUGUAAAAAUGCAACCUUUUACAAUUAUAAUAAUAACAACUCUAUAUCCAAUGAAACUAAAAAUGAUAAUCAAGGCAACAGUUUUAAUAGCAGUAACAGUAAUGAAGAAAAUAAUAAUAAAAGCGAAGAUGCUAAUAAUAUGAGAGAACAUACAGAAAACUAUAAAAUGUCUAAUAAUGUAAAAUUUACAAAUAAUAAUUAUAAUAAUAUGAAUGAAUAUAUAAAUACAAAAGAAUUGAAGUAUCCAAAAAAUAAAAAAAUGAAUAACGGAGAUAUAUAUACACAUAUACCAUAUGAUGAUAAUACAAACUAUUCGAAAAAUAAUAUACUAAUGGAAAAUGAUAGUUUAGAUAUCAAUAAUGGUAUGUCAAAUAAAAAACGAAGAUAUAAUACUAGACGGGGCAAUUAUAAAUAUGCAAAUGGUGUCGAGAAAAAUCAAGAAAAUGGUAAUGCUGAUAUUUAUGGAAAUGCUAACAAUACUAAUGCAAAUAUAAAAUAUGUUAAAAAUAUAAAUAGCCCUAACAAUGAAGAAAAUGAAGAAUAUAAUAAUUUAUACUCAAUUUUAAAAGGUGAUGGAAUAGCUAUUAAUAAUAUGGAUAAUAAAUUAUAUGGAGAUGGAUUAAAUAAUUGUCAAAUGGAAAAUUCAAAAAAAAAUAAUAAAAUAAAAGAUAAAAUAAGUUGCUUAGUAAAAGCUAGCAAAUCCAAUUUUAAUUCUAUAACAGGCGAUCGAAAUAAUCGAAAUCUUUCAUCCAAUUAUAAUAAUAUUAACAAUAUAAAUAUUAUGAAUGGCAAUAAAAAUUUUAAUUAUCCUGCUAAUAGUACACACAAUAAACACAAUAAUAUUCAAAGGAAUUAUAACAACAAUAUAGAUAACCAUGUGUGUAAUACAAAUAUUAUAAGUAAUAAUAAUUGUUUAAUUACUGAUAAAGAUUUUCAAAUUGAUUCACCAGAGCAAACAAAUGAAGAAAUGGUUUUUAUAAAAAAUAGUAAUUAUGAUUAUAAUGAAAAUGUACGAAAAAAAAAUAAAUAUAAUAAUGAAUGUGAAGGAACAUUUAUUUUUUCUCAUGAAUAUUACUCAGAUUAUGGAAAUAAAAAUAACGAAGAUGGCAAAACAAAUUUUAUAGAUUUAACUAGAGAAGCCUUAGCAUUAAUAUUAAAAGAUUUAAAAAAAAAUGUUAUUCCUAAAAUUCCUGUAGGUAUUGAAAAAAGAGAAAGAUAUUCAAAUUCUUUACGAUUAUGUUUAAAAAGUGCUAAAUUGACAAAACAUAUUAAUGAAUUAGAACCAUAUCUUGAAUUAUUUAGUGAAUGCAUUAAAAAUAACAAAUUACCAAGUCAUAUGAAUUUGAAUGCUCAGUUAUUUUAUUUAGACAAGUUAUAA